GAAUGAUUGCAGUGCCCAGCGAAAUGGCGACACGUUAUCGCCCUAUCUAAAAAAGAGUACAAGACACGGAGUCUCAGGAGGCCCCCAACCAUCCAGAGUUGUCGUCUUUUUCUCUCCUUCACCAUUCAAUAACAAGAAUGUCGACCGCCGCUUUUGCUGUCAAGGGCGCGAAGCGUGCGAAGGCGCGCGACGCCCUGAUCCCCAAGCGGUACUGGGUGGAUGCGAAAGACUUGCCGCCGGCUGACCAGAAAUCCGUCAUUGACCUCGUGUCGCCGUUGUUGUCCAAGAAGGAGAUCGACAUCAUCUCCAUCCUCGACGUUACAGCCUUGCUGAAGAGACUGCAUUCAGCCGAAUUGUCCGCCGUUGAGGUGCUCGAGGCCUACACUAAGCAAGCCAUCUUCACCCAGCAGCUUGUCGGCGUGCUCACAGAGACCAUGAUCCCCGAAGCAUUUGAGAACGCUCAAGCCCUGGAUAAGAUCCUGGCGGAGACGGGCAAGCCCGUGGGGCCUCUUCAUGGGCUACCCAUCUCGCUCAAGGAUCAAUUCCACAUCAAGGGCUAUGAGUUGAACAUUGGCUAUGUCUCGCGCAUCGGCACCGUCUCUGAUCGUCACUGCACCCUGGUUGACCUCCUGGUCAAGGCUGGCGCCGUCUACUACGUGCGUACCAACUUGCCCCAGAACAUCAUGCGCGGCGAGGUUGACAACUUUGUCUACGGCCUGACCACCAAUCCGAGCAACCGAGAACUGAGCCCCGGCGGCUCCACGGGCGGCGAGGGCGCCCUGCUAGCCAUGCAUGGCUCCCCGCUUGGCGUGGGGACCGACAUUGGAGGCUCUGUACGCAUCCCUGCGGCUUUCUGUGGCAUCUGGUCUCUGCGACCUUCCUACCAUCGUGUUCCCUAUCAGUGGUGCGCCAACUCCAUGCUGGGUCAGGAGACGGUCCCCUCUGUCAUUGGACCCAUGAGUUCGUCGUACACGGGACUGGUCGAAUUCAUGAAGGCCAUCGCGUCGCAGGAGCCAUGGUUGCACGACCCCAUCGUGCUCGAGAAGCCGUGGAACGAAGCAGCCUUUGAGGCGCCCCAGAAAAAGGGCAAACUUACCUUUGCCAUGAUGUGGGAUGAUGGAGUGACUCGAGUCCAUCCCCCCAUCACCCGUGCCCAGAAGGCUGUCGUGGCGGCCUUGACCGCCGCUGGACAUGAAAUCAUUGACUGGUCGCCUGUCAAUCACGUUGAGGGCACCGCCAUCCUCGACGUGGUGUACAAAGCUGACGGAGGCAAAGACAUUGCCGACGAAUGCGCGGCGUCUGGAGAGCCCAUCCUCCCCGGUCUAGGAGAGGGCGCGUCUAAGCAUCUGACCGUGUGGGAGGCGUGGCAGUUGAACAAACGCAGAGACGCCUUUCGCAAGACGUACCUGGACGCUUGGAACGCUUCCGCCUCCAAGACCGCCAAUGGUCUUCCCGUCGAUGCCAUCAUCAGUCCCGUGGCACCUUUUGUGGCCGCCGUCUUGACUGAGAACGAUAAUCUCGACUAUACCUCGAUCUGGAAUUUGCUUGAUUAUCCCAGUGUCGUCUUCCCCACGGGCCUGCGUGUCGAUGUUGGGAUUGACACAGGCAAGGUGGCCGGCGAGGCCAUAUCGGGUAGCAGAGAUGAGCUCAACGCUUCCAGGUGGGAGGAGCAUGGCGCCGUGGGCUAUGAGAAUGCUCCUGUCGGCCUGCAGGUGCUUGGACGGCGGGGCCGGGAAGAGGAGAUCCUGGGCAUCGCCAAAGUCUUGGGCAAGGCUAUCGAGCAGAUCUAGACUGCAGAUAUUUGACACUGUAUAAACACCCCAUUGGGUGCUUUUGUAGAAAUAUCUAUUGCCUACACGUGCCCGUCCAUGCCAGGCCACUUUUCUCCGGACCAAGCCAGAAGCA